UGGAAAGGAAAAAUUAUAAUCACAAACAAAAAUCUAAAAAAUUUGGUAAAAAGAAGAAUAAGAAAAUUAGUAAUAAUAUCAAUAGAUCUAUAUUAUUUAUCUUCAUACUCAGUGCCAAAAAAAAAAAAGUAAAAGUACAAAUAAAUUAAAAUGUAUAAAAUGUAAAACUUUAAUUAAUAUUAAAAAAACCAAAAAUUUAACGAGUGUCAUAUAUGCUGGAUGGAAUUUAAUUCAGAGGAUCUAGCAUUUUGCUCAAAGAGAGCAUGCUAGAAGGCUUUUUGCGAGAAAUGUAUUAAAGAUAAUUUUGAUAGCGAUUACAGCAUAAAGUAGUGUUAUAAAAAAGAAUAUUUUAUUUGCUUCGUUUGCUAAAAUGCUUGUAAAUGUCCAUUCUGUAUUGGAACUAUUCCUGAGAAAUUUGGGAAGAGAUAUAUUUAAAAAUUUAUAAAAUAAGAAGAUGUUCCUCAUCAUAAAACUAGUACGCAAAAUAAAAAGUAAGUUAAGGCAGAAAAGAUAAAUACAAAUUAAUUUAAUGUAGAUGAAGAAUAAGAGGAGGAGUUAUUUGUAUUUAAAGGUACAAAAAAAUCUUCAGCUAAAAUUGAAAAUCAAAGUAAUCAUUAUUCAAAUUCUUUUAAAUACUAGUGUGAAGAGAGUAGCACAUUAGAAAGUUCUGUUUAAUAGCAGAAGUGUAUUUAUUAAGACGAAGAUACAAAGAGUCCUCCAACUUAAUCUUUAUCAUAAUUUUUAUAUGUUAAAAACUCAUCAAAUGAAAAUUGCAAAGAAGAUCAAUAAAUUUCUGAUUUCGAAUUAAAUAAUUUAAAUAUUGAAAUGAAAACAACUACUUUAAAUAGGAUACUUGGAUAAUCUAUUUUAAAUGAAUACGAUGCUGAUAAUGAUUUAUUUGAAUAUAUUAAAAAUGAAGAAGAAACUUAGUAAGAAGAUACAACUACAAAUAAUUUUAGUCCAAUCUAAAACAAUUAAAUCAUUUAAAAUAUUAAAUUUGAAGAGGAUGCCUUCUGCUAUAAAACUUCAUAGCCAUUAUAAUUUUAAGUAAUUUUGCCUAAUGUAAUUGAAGAGUCUGAUGACAGCGAAGAAGAAAUGUGUGUAUAAAAGAGUAACUCAAGUGGGGUUAAAAAAAUAAUAAAAAAGUAAAAAAAAAUACAUCAAAAUAUAUAAAACAAGCUCAAACAAAUAAAUGAUUGA